CCUAUAUAACAACUCAGAGAAGGUGCUUAGUACAUAGAUAGUAACUCUCUUUCUAAUGUCGUAUUCAAUUAAUCAAAAAAAAAAAAACAACAAUCAAGUGUCGCGAAAAUAAAACAGUGUCGUUGAGUGAUCAAUCAUAUAAUGGAAAAAAAUUGGCUGGACAAUGUGCUUUCCAAUUUAUGUACCAGCCGUGUUGAUAUUUUUGGCGAGGAAUCUACAUAUCAAGAAUUUGAACAUGAUGAACCCAAUGAAAAUAAAUCAUCUCUUGAUGGAUUUUGUUCCAAUCAAUUUUAUGGAAAAAUUAUCUACAAAGAUAAGCAUGGAAACAUUCGUAAAUCAAAACCAGUCGUAGUCAAACGUGCAUUGAAAAUCCAGCGUAAGAAAAUUACUCUUUCAUUUUCUUUCAUCAAUGAAUCGAAUUUUUAUACAAAAGUUAUACCAGCUUUAAGUUCUCUUGACGUAUCGUUCUCAUCAUUAUUUCCUGAAUUCUACCAUGGUGAGAUGGUAUUCAAUACUGAAGGCGAUCAAUCCACUAUAAUUCUGGAAAAUUUAAAAGCCAAAGGUUACAAAAUGGCGGAGAAAAAAUCAUUCCUCUGUUAUCAACAUUUAAGUUUGAUGAUGCGUAAACUCGGGCGAUUCCACGCUUAUUCUUACAAAGCUAAAAAAUCCAUCCCUGAUUUAUUUUAUCCACUGGCCAAUAAUUUUUUGGAAACGUCUCGAGAACUGAACAAGGAAUCUUUGGAUAUACUGGAAAUCGAAGGGCAACGCGGAUUAGAAUAUCUGCAGCAAGAUCCCACUUAUGCUGAAUACAUUCCAAAAUUGCAGAAAAUUUUGGAAAAAUCCAGUGAAAUAUUUACGAAAAUUUUAACUGACGGUAAAGCUAACCCAUUAUCAGUGAUUGUUCACGGUGACUACUUGAGAAACAACGUCAUGUUCAAGUACGAAAAAGAUAUUCCGAAUGAUCUUAUGAUAAUAGACAUGGCAACGUUACGUUAUGGUUCACCUGUGCUAGAUUUGGCUACCGUUUUGUACAUGAAUGCUGAUCAGGAAACCAGAGACAAAUAUUGGGAUUCUUUAACAGACGAUUACUAUACCGCUUUAAAGGAAACGUUUGUUGAAAAUGAAGUUCCGAGUAAAAAUGAAAUAUUGGCGGAAUUCAUCGACAAAUCCUUUUUUGCGUAUUUAAUCGCAGCUGAUUUUUUGAUGCAUCUCAUUGCUGCUGAUAACAAUGAAUUUUUUGGUGUAGAUUUUUAUGAAGUACGUCCAGAUACUAUUACCAGAGAGGAUGCUAUUGAAUUUGAAUUAAAGCUGGGUGGAAAAUUAGCUACUGAAGCUAUGAGUAAUAUUCUUAAAGAUAUGAUAAAAAGAGGGUUCAUUUGUCAAUGAGCACAUCGACAAACGUCAUCAGUAGGUAUAUAUAAAUGUAUCAAUUUUUUUAGCAAUAGAAAAUUAAUUGAAACACA